CUCCCUCUCUAUCUCUGCACUCUUUUCUCGCUCUGCAAUGACCGACGAGCCCUUGGACGCGUCGCCGGCAGCGACCUCCGCCGUGGCGGGCGCGGUAGGAGCCGCCGCCCCCGCCCCCGCCCCGGCGCUCCGGCCGCGGCGGGAGGUGUUCGAGCACGGGUUACAGCCGAUCCCUAAGCUGGUCUUCCCGGAGGGCACGCUGAUGCAAACCCUAGCCCAGCUGAAGGAGAGGAUCGAACCGGCGCCGGGGGGCGCGCGCGUGGGCGCCGCCGUGCUCGCAGAGGCGCUGCAGAUCCCCGCCGAGCAGGCGGCGCUGGCGCUUGGGACGCUCGCCGCGGUGCUCCCCGCCGAGGACCCCGCUCUCGGCGAGGACGGCGCGGGGGAGGCCGACCUCCGCGACCUGCUCCUCUUGCUCUACAUUCAGUCCUACAAGCGCCUAGUGCCGCGCGGCCACAAGGACUCGCCUGCCGUCACCGACGUGUGGCCCUCCACCUCAGCCUUCGACGGAUACUUCUCCGCGCUCUCCCCGAUCCAGCUUGUACGCAGCAAUAGUCGCCGGUUUAUGCCUUCGCAAGCAGAUGAAGAAGCUCAUCAAUUAUCUUAUUUACAAAAGCAUAUGGCCAACAUUCUAACUCUUUUGGCAGAUUCUGUUGAUGGAGAGGGCGAUGAGUCUAUGGUAUUUACAAUGGAGACUUUCGAGCACCUUGGAUUUCUAUUACAGUUCUCUGAAGGAACUCAUUUAAGCCAAGCAGCUAGCUUUUUCGCAAAUUCUGAUACCGGCAUGCCUGCUGCUCCUGUACCUGCUGCUCUGGUCCAUGAUUGGAUUUUGCAGCAUAUAGCUUCUACGUUGGAAUUUACUGUAGAAAAAUCCACAACAAAGGAAUACAGCCAACAGACUGCAUCUGACCCUGAUGUCACAAUGGCAGAUGCUGUCACAAAUACAAGAUUUCAUAGCAGCUCGCCAACUGGCUCUUCAAUGCCAAAUAAUCCUGGAUACUACCGAAAUACAACAUUUGUGGAGGGUUUCUCCAAAACAUCUGUUGUCAAACAAGCAUCUGAUAUGAAAGGGCAUUCGAUAAAGGUUUUGAACUGCCACGAUUCUGUUAUCUACAUUUUAGCCCCACUUAAGUAUGCUACCGUCUGUGGAUGUUCUGACACUACCAUUGUUCUUGGUGCUAUUGGUAAGGUUGCAAAAGUGGAGCAUUGUGAACGAGUGCAAAUUAUUGCAGCUUCAAAGCGAAUUUGUAUUGCCAAUUGCCGUGAAUGUAUCUUCUACUUGGGGGUAAAUCACCAACCACUUAUUGUGGGGGACAACCAUAAAUUGCAAGUUGCUCCAUUUAAUACUUAUUAUCCACAACUGGGGGAGCAUUUGACACAAGUUGGUGUGGAUCCCGAUGUCAACAAGUGGGACCAACCUUUUGUAUUGGGAGUUGUUGAUCCACAUGACUCAUUAUCUCAUCCUGCUGGGUUUUCUGAUGUCCAGGCUGAGUCCGCCACUUGUCUAGAUCCUGAUCUAUUCACAAACUUUUUGAUCCCUAGUUGGUUUGAAGCACAAGGGCCUACCAAAUACAAUCCAUUUACCUUGCCUGAAGUUUAUUGGGCAUCCCAAAGAAAAAAGCAUGCUUCUCUGGAGGAUAUUCAAAAGAAUAUUCGGGAACUGGAUAUCGAUGAUAACCGGAAGAAAGAACUGGCAUGUGCCCUUCAUGCUCAAUUCAAGGACUGGUUGUAUGCUUCAGGCAAUAUCCGCCAGCUCUACUGUUUGCAAGGUGAAUAAGUGUACAACGGCAUUCAUCCAAUCAUCUGUAAUUGCACAUGUGCAUUUGCAAGAUUGUGUAUCCUUCACCCAAAUUCCUUCAGCAGUUCAAAUUCGUGCCUCCAAAGUCGAAACGUGGCAUUCAAGCUGAUUUUACAUUAACCGUGCUGAUUCCACAUGAUCUUUCAGCCUGUUGUGUUUGUCAAAGGAAGAAUGUAAAAAAUGUACUGUAUUUUUUCUAAUUAGUUUUUAUUUGUUGGUUGUACGGUUGGUGCAAAGGGCACUCAUCUUCCGAUUUGCUACCUUCGUAUUUGUAUCCUUAUAAGAUUUAUGUAUAGUGGUUACACAAUUCUUUCUUCUUGGAGAAAAUAUUACUUUUUUGCUGUCA